AUGUGCCCCCAGGAGAGUUCAUUCCAACCCUCCCAGUUCCUACUGCUGGUGGGGGUCCCAGUGGCAAGUGUCCUCCUUCUGGCCCAAUGCCUUCGAUGGCACUGCCCUAGAAGGCUGCUGGGGGCCUGCUGGACACUGAAUGGUCAAGAGGAACCAGUGUCCCAGCCUACCCCCCCACCAGAAAACGAGGUCUCAAGGCAGCACCUGCCAGCCACACUGCCAGAGAUGGUUGCCUUCUACCAGGAGCUACACACACCCACUCAAGGCCAGACCAUGGUCCGCCAGUUGAUGCACAAACUGUUGGUGUUUUCGGCUCGAGAGGUGGAUCACCGCGGCGGUUGCCUGAUGCUCCAGGAUACAGGCAUCUCCUUGCUCAUCCCACCAGGUGCUGUGGCUGUGGGCCGCCAGGAGCGGGUAUCUUUGAUCCUGGUGUGGGACCUGUCGGACGCCCCAUCGCUGUCCCGAGCCCAGGGGCUGGUAAGCCCUGUGGUGGCAUGUGGCCCCCAUGGGGCCUCCUUCCUGAAGCCUUGCACUCUCACAUUCAAACACUGUGCCGAGCAGCCCAGCCAUGCUCGCACCUACAGCAGCAACACUACCCUGCUGGAUGCCAAGGUAUGGAGGCCCCUGGGGCGGCCGGGGGCCCACGCCUCCCGGGAUGAGUGUCGCAUCCACCUCUCCCACUUCAGCCUCUACACCUGUGUGCUGGAGGCACCUGUGGGGCGCGAAGCCCGCAAAUGGCUGCAGCUGGCCGUAUUCUGCUCACCGCUGGCGCCAGGACAGUCCCACCUGCAACUGCGUAUCUACUUCCUCAACAACACGCCCUGCGCCCUGCAGUGGGCACUGACCAACGAGCAGCCCCAUGGUGGGCGCCUGCGUGGGCCCUGCCAGCUCUUCGACUUCAGUGGGGCUAGGGGCGACCAGUGCCUGAAGCUCACGUACAUCUCAGAGGGUUGGGAGAAUGUGGAUGACAGCAGUUGCCAGCUGGUUCCCCAUCUCCACAUCUGGCAUGGAAAGUGCCCCUUCCGUUCCUUCUGCUUCCGGAGAAAAGCAGCCAAUGAGAAUGAGGACUGUUCAGCACUAACCAAUGAGAUCAUUGUCACCAUGCACACCUUCCAGGAUGGCUUGGAGACCAAGUAUAUGGAAAUCCUCAGAUUCCAGGCAUCAGAGGAGGAAUCCUGGGCAGCGCCACCACCUGUUUCUCAGCCGCCCCCAUGCAAUAGGCUGCCCCCAGAGCUCUUUGAGCAGCUGCAGAUGUUGUUGGAGCCAAACAGCAUCACCGGCAAUGACUGGCGCAGACUGGCCUCCCACCUGGGGCUUUGUGGCAUGAAGAUCCGGUUCCUGUCCUGCCAGCGCAGCCCCGCAGCGGCCAUCCUGGAGUUGUUUGAGGAGCAGAACGGCAGCCUGCAGGAGCUGCACUACCUCAUGACCGUCAUGGAGCGGCUAGACUGCGCCUCCGCCAUCCAGAACUACCUGAGUGGGACACACGGCGGCAGCCCAGGCCCCGAGCGCGGGGGCGCCCGGGAUAACCAGGGCCUGGAGCUGGACGAGAAGCUCUGA